AGACGUUCCUCGUAUCAUCAACAAGCACAGAAAUGGUGGCACCAUUAAAACAAUGGUUUGCCAGUUCCUACUCUACAUUCCAGGGGUAUCUUAACUUUAUGGGUACAAUGGCAUCAACAAUACAAUACAGUUUUUAAGAUUACAAUACAAUACAGUUAUUAAUAUUACAGUAGUAUUACUAUUAGAGACACGGUAAUACACUUCUCAACAUUGCAUUUCAACUUUACAUCAGAGUUUAGUAAGGUGAUGGAAAUGUGUGAAUGUGCAGAUCGACUCCCUUACAAGCCAGUUCCUGUCCUUUUGAAAUGCAAGAAGGUUCGAGCAUCCUUUUCAAGCAGUUUAGUGAAACACAAGACUUACAACUUGGUAACAAAGAAGCAAAGUGUGUUUUGUCCUUUGCACCAAAAGAAGGAGGGGUCAAAGCCUAGUAAAAAAAUGCUAGUAAAAAACUCAGUAAUAGGUUAACUGCUAUUUUAUCUGAAGAGAUUUUCCACCUAGAGGAGGCGCAACAUUAUAUAUAAGGAGCUAUUCCUUACGCGGUAAUAAUGAAGAAAUCGUCCACAUUUCUAAAUGACACAAAGGGUUAAAGUGACAACCUUCCAAUGUUUCUUAUGCCAAAGCGUCAGCUAAUGAAAAGCCAGAAGUUAUAGAGUGAACCCGCCAGGAGCGACUGCAUGAACUUCACAAAUUCUCAGUAACCUACGGCUCAGAUUUUCUGCGACAUCAUCCUCCUUAUCAAAUCCAUGGCUCGACCUAUCCCUGGGGUACUGCCCCUGAACCUGCCACUGCUAACUCUGGUUUUGGGCAUUGGUGGCACGUUUCAGUAUGGUCUACACAUUUCUCUUAUCAAUUCACCCUCAAAAUAUGUUCAAAGGUUUAUCAACAGCACAUGGGAGAAACGGUAUGGCACGAUCCUACAUCCAGACACCAUCAUGUUACUUUGGACCACGAUUGUGUCUGUAUACAGUAUCGGCGGACUCCUGGGCUCUUCAAUAGUGGGACAUCUGUCAUUUGUCUUUGGAAGAAAGAAGACCCAGCUGUAUAAUAAUCUGGUUGCUAUACUAGGAGCUGUGCUGAUGUGUAUGAGCCGUGCUGCCCAAUCAUUUGAGAUGAUCAUGUUGGGGAGGUUCCUCUAUGGAAUUAAUGCAGGUGUAAGUCUGAAUCUUCAUACAAUGUAUAUUGGGGAGUGCGCCCCUCAGAGUAAACGUGGAAUUGUCACUGCGUCCGUUUCUUUUGCCAUUGCCAUGGGAAGAUUCAUGGGCUUUGUCAUAGGACUCAGGGAAUUACUAGGGACAGAGGAGCUGUGGCCGUACCUUUUGGCAUGUAGUGCAGUUCCAGCACUCAUUCAGUUGUUAACACUACCCUUUUUCCCAGAGUCUCCUAGAUACCUUCUUAUCGACAAAGGUGACAAAGAAGGUUGUCUAAAAGCUAUGCAGCAGCUGUGGGGUCCAGGAGAACAUAGCACGGAAUUAAAGAGCAUGUUGGCAGAGAAAGCAGCAAUAGGAGAACAAAUGAAAGGUCUGAAGGAUCUCCUGGUAGACCGCACAGUGCGCUGGCAGAUUAUCUCAGUGCUGUUGAUUUGUGGAGCUAUGCAGCUUAUAGGCAUCAAUGCGGUUUACUUUUAUGCGUAUGACAUAUUCCAUAAUGCAGGUAUUCCAGCCAAUGAAGUGCCCUAUGUCUCCCUUGGAAUCGGAUUAAUGGAAAUGCUCACUGCAGUGCUAUGUGGCUUUCUCAUUGAUCGUCUGGGCAGAAAAACAUUACUGUGGGUGAACUAUACGAUUUUGGCACUGUCAUUGUCCUUUCUCACUGCCACACUUACCUUUCAGGAUAAGUAUUCUUGGCUGCCAUAUGUCUCUUCAAUGUUGAUCUUCAUCUUUACAAUGAGCUUCGGCUUGGGUCCAGGUGGUGUCACUUGUGUCCUGCCCACCGAGCUGUUUGUACAGUGCUACCGACCAGCUGCAUAUGCCAUAUGUGGAGCCUUCCUUUGGCUGGGAUUAUUUGUGAUCGGAUUGGCGUUUCCAUUCAUUGAGGAAGCAUUGGGAACAUUCUGCUUCAUUUUCUUCUUGGUUUAUUGCAUUUUAAUGGCUAUGUAUUCCUUCUGGAUACUGCCAGAGACCAAGGACAGGACUAUGAUGGAGAUCCUGGAAUCCUUUAACAAGCUUAAUUUUGGAGCUAAGAAAGACAAAGAGGAUAAGCUUGUUUGUACCAGACUUUAACUUAAGGCUUGAAGACAGUGGGGGAUUUAUUACGCCUGGCAGCUCAAAUGCAGAAUGGUUUAAGAUGCACCAGUUUGGCACAAGCCUCUUAAUAAAUUUGAUGCAUCUCACGCACAGCUAUGAGCAAAGUAGAUUUGUGACAGAACUAACACCAAUUUUUUGAGUAGGGGAACGUUAACACGAGCGGACCCACAGUGUAUUUU